AUGGGUGCGAUCAAACGUCAACUACUGUCUCAAGAAGGAACGACAUCCACUCAGCCUCCUACCACUAGCACUACCAUGGUGGCAUCAACCUCAACUACUGUCAAGGAAGGAACGACAUCCACUCAGCCUCAUACCAUGAGCACGACCAAGAAGGUGGCAUCAACGUCAACUACUGUCAAGGAAGGAACGACAUCCACUCAGCCUCCUACCAUGAGCACGACCAAGGAGGCAUCAACGUCAACUACUGUCAAGGAAGGAAGCACUUCCACUCACCCUCCAGUCACAAGCACAACCAUGGUGGCGUCAACGUCAACUACUGUCAAGGAAGGAACGACAUCCACUCAGCCUCCUACCACUAGCACGACCAAGGAGGCAUCAACGUCAACUACUGUCAAGGAAGGAACGACAUCCACUCAGCCUCCUACCACUACAGUAGCACUACCAUCCGCGUCUGGCGAUCACAGCGCGUCAACGCGACCCUGGUCAACGGACGCAGGAACCGACAUUCACACUCUGCUCCCGCUACACUUGAAGGCACGAGCCAAGGAUCGGCAUGCAACGUCAUAUACUGUCGCAUAG